GGAUCCAUUACAUUUAUGCAAGACGAAGUACCUCCAACGCUAAUCACCGACCGAAGCGAUCAAGCGAUGAACCCACUGAAGAUGGGUUACUUGUUCUUCCAUUUCUUUCUGGUUUCAAUGGUCUGUAUUUCUUUCUGUUUCUUAAUUUAAAUAUUUAAACAUUCACCUUAAUUUCAGCUUACUUUCAUUUGUUUGAUUUUGUAAAUAUAGAGUCUGACCAGUGCAGACGUGGAUUACACAAAAUUGUCAAAAGGUAAUAUAUUAUAAAUAUUUGCAUGAUUGCUGAUUGCAUGAACGAAUCGAAAGCCUUUAUAACUAUCAGUGUCCUGGGAGUAUUAUAAUAAAAUAGGGGAGCUAAUUUUAACUUUUAAGAGCACCCAAGUGAGUUUCGAACUUCUUGUGAUGAAGAAGAGUUCACGUAAAUUACAUCUAUGAAUAUUUUCUUGCCAGCAUAUUGAAGAUGAAAACAAAGCCAGGAUGACGAACAAUAUAAAUUGUAUUUCAUGAUCUGGUUGAUUGCAUUUAUGAUGAAAUAUGAUUAUCAAACUGUUUUUAUCCUCAAGACGCAGGGGCAUUGGAACAGGGCUGCCACUCUCGAUAACCUAUUUUCACCUAGGGAGGGCACUGAAAUCCCCUAUGUUUCCCCUACAGCACAAUAUGCAAUUAUCCCCUAUGUUCCCCUAUGUUACCCUACAAAUAUUGUAUUUCCCUUACAAAUAUUGUAUAUUUGUAGGUAGAUACACUGGGCUGUAUAAUAACUCAGGGCAUUUUUUAAGAAUUUGUCAGUUGGGGGGGGGGCAUCUACAAAAAGGGACCAUACUAUACCGAGCGUGGAGAAAUGAUAGAUGGUUUGUUGGUAACAAAAAGUUUGGUGUGGUGUCACAUUUAAUAGUAGGGGGGGGGGAUCUGGGGGUAUUCUCCCCCAGAACAUUUUGUAUUUUUCUAUCCCUAUGACUGCAAUUCCCUGCAUUUUCUGAAACAGAUUUUUGGAUAUACAGCAUUACAUUAUAUCCUGCAAAGGAAAGAGCCUGGGAACGAGGUUGACGUGAAGCGUAAACUCCCUAUUACUGUACUUGACCCGAGCAAAAUUGCAAAAACCUAAAGUUUUUUCAGAAAACCAGGGUGUGUGGAAAUUGCAUAGAAAUAAUAGACAUAGAAUGCGUGCUCCUAUCUUUUCUCAGUAAAAAAUUUGUCUCCACAAAAUGGCGCAUUGAAAAGGGCAUUUUGGUUGGUCCCAGACUCCUGAGGCAGGGAAUUUCGCGCGGUUGCACGGAGUGCGAAUUAUUUUUUCAACUGAAAAGUUUGCAAAAAAUUUUAUAUCGGGACUUAAAAUGGAAAAAAAGUUUGGUAAACUAAGGAAAAGUGUCUAAAAAUCCAUUCCAGUGGUUUUUUUACGAAAAGCAAUAGUUCUGAACAGAAUAUAUGCAGAAAUCGUCGUUUAAAAAUACAUUUUCAACGUUAUGUUGUUGUGCAAGCCAAAACAAAACACAAAAGAUCAAGACAAACUCAAUAGGUAUGUUCUGCAAAUAUUUCAACUCUUUUACAGUAUAAAUGGAGUUCAAUAAUCUUUUUAAACUUACACAAUUAUAUUUCGUAUUUUUCUACGUUGCUUGAGCUUGAGGCAACGCUUUUGAAACCAUGGUUUUCGACGAUUAUUUUUAGGCAAUUUUACAGUUUAUCGACAACUAUAAAAUGUUUCAAGAACAUGAAAGCACUUCAUUUAGAUUGCAGAAAAACGAAACCCGACGAAGAAAGAACUAUCAUUUUGUAAUCUUAUAAGAUAUUAGCAAAACAGUUACGUUUAGAGCAUGCAAAAAUGUUUUGAAUAAAUUAUAUUUUCUUGAAACUACUUUGCUUUUAAAAGGCUGCACGAUUUUCACUGUUUUCAUAGUGUUUUGUAACUGCACAUUUGCUUUGACAGUUUGUGGCUUCAAGGAACUCAAAAUCUAUCCCCAAACUACAAAUUAGACAACAAGACAAAACGUUUUGACGAUGGAAACGUAGUUUUAGCUUUGUUUAUACUUUGUAGUUUGCACUCCUGGCCAAAAUUCAAAAUGGCGCAUUCAAAAGGGCACGCACCUGAAAAAGUGGAGACAUGAUUCGUCAUUAGCACGCAUUCUAUGUCUAUUAUUCCAGGUGAUUUCGUGUUCGUAUUUUAGCCAAUCAGCGCUCAGAAAGGGUUGUCCGAAUAGAAAUCCAUUUUGAUGUAUUCAGUCAAUUAUAUCUUUCGUUAUUCUUUAUGAAACUAGUUGAAAUUUUGUAAUUAUGUUUGGUUAUGAGAACUAUAGCUCUGACAAAAAUAUGGAAUCGAAAUAAAGUAUAUUACAGGAGAUAUUCAGUUGUUUUAAUCAUAAAAUGGAUUUCUAUUUGACAACUAGUGCCAGUACUUUUCUGCGUAUCAAGAUCACCUGGUUUCUAUGGGAAAUUGUAGCGGGCUCAAAUCCGAGCCUGGUCAGUGGUAAUUACCAUGAGAAAUACAGACCAGUUGUCAUGGAAAUGCCGUCAGCAAAGGCCAAAAUACGCCAUGUUUUUGGCUGCACUUUUUUUCGUGUGCAGGUUCUCCUGGGUAAAUACAAUACACUAUCACUCAUCACAUGAUAUUUGAAUAUAACACUAUACUCAUCACAUGAUAUUUAAAUUUCUAGUUGUUUCCAUAAAAAAUCCUGCAAUUCCAUACAAUCGGCCAUACUCCAUAGACCAUAGAAGCCAUACUCCAUAGACCAUAGAAGCCAUACAGUAUUGAAAUUUACGAAAGGACUGAUUUGGAUAAUCACAAAAAGAGAAAUACGAUUUUUGUAGAUAAACCGUAAAAGAAACCCCCUACGUUCCCCUACAAAUUACCUUUUUCCCUGUAGGUAUCCCCUACUCCCUACUAAGAGGUGAUAAUCCCCUACCGUAGGGGAAUCCCCCUAUGAGUGGCAGCCUUGUGUUGGAAGCAUCAAAAGAUUGGGGGGCACUGGGUUCGAGGGGCACUUUUGAUAAUGAAAAAGGCACCUAAAAUAAUUUUCACGGAAAUGUUGGCAAAGGGGGGAAGGGGGAGGAAAAAUAUUUCCAACCAUAUCAUUUUCAUGCUAAUCCAUUUGCCCAAAUUUUGAAUCGCAACCAGAGGCUGCGGAAGCAUUUCGAAAGUGGAUGGGCAUUGACCAAAAGGGGCACUUUUGUACACAACCAAAAUCAAAUGAUUUUAUGUCAUUGUUUACUGGUUGGUGAUGUUACUCUGAGUGUGCAUCCACACUGGGCAAGCUGAAAAGUUAACUUGGCCUUCACAGAGUCUUUACUACUGCAAAAAGGGCACUUUCGUUUUAGCAAAAGAGGAUGUUCAUUCAAGAAAUGUACUUUUUCAUUCUUAAGUUAAAUGAGGCACUUUAGCCCAGAAAAAAGGGCACUUUUUUCACUUUUAAAAAUUCCUAUAACUUUACCUACAUGAUGGAUUUACUUACAUGAUGCAGAUUAGUAUUUACAACAUAACUAGCUUGUGUAAAAAGCAUAUGUAAAUGUUUUCAGGAAACAAAAAGGGCACCUUUGAAUUUGAUGUUAAUAUAGUAUUUACAGCAACAUUAGUUUGUACAAAAAGGGCACUUUUCAUCACAAAAAAGUGCACUUUAAAAUAUGUUUUCAUCACAAAAAAGGGCACUUUUGGUUAUUUGAAAACAUUUGGGGUGCACAUGCCCUCUCCCCCUGUUCCUAUGCCCUUAUGAAAACGUAUUGCAUAUGCGUGCAAAUUUUGCUGAGUGAAUGUUCAAAUAAUAACCAAUAGACAAUUCGAUGAAUUUAAAAACUGAACUCUUACAGUCGUACCAUUAUUGGUUAUUAUAGAUUUCUCAUGUGGUAAAUUGGUAAAAACAAUGAUGUUUAAUAUUUACCUAAUUUAGGUUUUUACCAAUUUACCAUAUGGGAAAUCUUUAAUAACCAAUAAUGGUAAGAGUUCAGUUUUUACAUUCAGAACUCCAUUAACCCAUUGAGUGGCAGCACUCUCCCCCUGACGAAUGAAAUCGUCUGGCAUUAGACUUCCGGUUUUCCCCAAGGAACAAAGCUAGGUCCUUGGCUUUUCUUAAUGGGCAAUUCCAGCUAUAGACUAAAUUUUUAUCUAGGCAAGAAGAACAAAAUCCACAAAAUUUGCAAAUUUCGAGGGCUAUAUUUUCCUCAUUUUACAAAUUUUUGCAACCAAACUUUGCAUUUUGCUAAAUUUAACAUGCUCUUUCUAGCUGUGGUCAGAGACGCGCCGGAACGAUGUGAAGGCAAGGGGGGCAGAUUUUUGUGAAAGGGCACUUUUGGGUUGAUAUAUACUAAGAGAUGUUUACAAAACAUUGGGAGUUGAACUUCGCCUAAUCAUGUUUUCUAUUUAUUGGAUGAUAGGGGUGUGAGGGGGUUCUCCGCCAGGCGAUUGUGCUAUAACUACUAUUCUUGAAGCUCGAUGACUGCAUUUCUUGCAUUUUCUGAAGCAAAUUCGUAAAAGAAUUGCACUAACAUUUCUGACAAUUCGCUAUUUCGCCAAGGCAAUCCUUUAAAUUGAAAGGGCAUCUUUGCCCCCCUUGCCCCUCCUGGUAAAGGGCAACAGGGGUGGCUGUCCCUCGAUCCUGCCCCCCCCCCCAGUUCCGGCGUCCCUGGCUGUGGUGAUGGAUUUUGUUCUUCUUGCCUAGAUAAAAAUUUAAUCUAUAGCUGGAAUUGCCCAUUAUGAUCAAUGAUUUGAGAAGGAAUGACGACAACCUGUAGAAGUACGUUGAUGACGCCACAGCUUCGGAAAUUAUAUCAAAAGGCGAUUGUAGUGAAGCUCGACUACUAGCGGAUAAAAUAUCUGAAUGGUCUUUUCUAAACAGAAUGCAAUUAAAUGCUGAUAAAUUUUAUGCAAGGAACUACGAAUUUCAUUUUCGCGGAACCCUCCUGAUUUCAUUCCAAUUACAGUAGAUAAUAAAUGCAUAGAAGUUGUAAACAACGUUAUAAAACUCGUUAAUAAUUGAUGAAGAAAAUUCAAAAGAAAUGAAUGUUUAAUCAAUGCUUGUAAAUCGCAUAAAAGUUUGUCCUGAUUUACAUAAACUUCAGAUUUGAUUUUCUCGGCUUAGACAAUGUUUAUUUUUAAAAUUACUUCACCAAUGAACUCAUAAGAUGGGUCGUUUUAUAAGCACGAUAAAACAUUCGCAUCUAAUCUUUAUCUGCAUGAUAUACAAACUCUCGCCUUCGGCUCGAAUUUUUAUAUCAGAUAAAGAUCGGCUGCUCAUGUUUUAUCUAGUACUGUAAACCUCCGAAUAUAAGCCCCCCCGCUCAAAUAUAAGCACCCCGUGUAUAGGCCCACCACAUGUACUAACGCUCACUUCAUUCCAAAUAUAAGCCCCGAAUAUAAGCCCACCCGAAUAUAAGCCCACUUGUUUAUCACUAUUGUUUUUGUUUAUCACUAUUAUUACUGUGCUUAACACUUGUUUAUCACUAUUACUAUACUUGUUUAUCACUUUAUACUUGUUUAACACAAAAGAUCGUCCAUGUAUAAGCCCCCUCCCCCUUGUAUAAGCCCCCCCCCCUUGUAUAAGCCCAUCAAAAAUCGCUUACGAAAGAAUAUAAGGCCAGGGCUUAUAGUCGGAGGUUUACGGUACUUAAAUUGCUGGGAUUAAACAUUAGUAACAACCUAACGUGGAACAAUCAUAUUGCUGAAAUUAUAAAAAAGUCAUCCAAAAGAAUAUACUUUGAGGUUCUUAUUCAACUCAAAAGAGUAAACGUUCCAACGCAAGAACUAAUCUUAUUCCAUAACUUGCAUUAGAUCUGUGCUUGACUAUGCAGUUCCUGUCUUCCACUACAGCCUGUCUAUAAUUACUUAAUAAGUGAAGAGUCCAAAAAUGGAACGGGUCCAAAAAUGUGCACUUGGAAUAAUUUUCCCUCACUUAAACUAUGAGGAAGCACUGCAGAGGAAUUGAGGCCCUCCUCACCCACCACCAUAACAUUUGUAAGAAGUUGUUCCAGUUAAUUACUACCGAUGGUAAUCACAACCUUCGCCACCUGUUACCACCAAGACACAAUCCUACUCAUGAUCUAAGAUUUAAUAAGUUAUUUGAUAUUCCUUAUGGCUUCAUGUAACUAGAUUUCGUGUAGUGUAUAGACCUUUCCCCUUAUGAGUGAAAUUUUGAUCUAGAUAUGCCUGGACAAAAAUUUCAUCACAGCUUGAAAGAGCAUCACAAAAUUAGUAAUAUUCCGAAGUUUCGUUGCGAAAUGUUGUAAAAUGCGGAUAAUAUAGCCUUGCGAAGUUUUCCGUUUUUCAGUCAUUUUGCAUUACAAACGGGAAAUUGAUAAUCAGAUGAUCAAACUGAUUAUCAAUUUCCCAUUUGUAAUACAAAAUGACUGAAAAACGGCAAACUUCGCAGGGCUAUAUUAUCCUCAUUUUACAACAUUUUGCAACGAAACUUCGGAAUAUUACUAAUUUUGUGAUGCUCUUUCAAGCUGUGAUGAAAUUUUUGUCUAGACUUGUCUAGAUCAAAAUUUCACUCAUAAGGGGAAAGGUCUAUUGAUGCACACUUUUUCUGAAUAACCUUAGUUUUACAUUAAGCUGAAACUUUAAGCUGGUAAAGUAUUAUGUGAUAUGCUUUCUACAUGUACUAUGUGUAUAUAUACCUCCCAAGUCCAGUUUGUCCAAUUUGUAUGUGAUUUUCUUUUUAUAAUUAUUAAAAUAGAUGGAAAUUGCAGAUCGAGAAAACAAUCUAUAAAGAAUCCCUUGAUUGGUCAGACAGUACCUCAAUGUGAUAAGAAUGGUAACUAUAAUGCAAGACAAUGUUCUGGUUCAAUUGGUAGCUGUUGGUGUGUUGAUGAAAUGACUGGGCAGGAAAUAGAGUAUUUUCAUGUGGACAAAAAUGGCCUUCCUCUGUGUGGUAAGCAGAAAUGAAUAGGGCUACUCCAUAAAUACCCCCUUAGAGGACCUUGGAAUUCAGGGGUUAGAUUUUUAUUUAUCUUUUGUUUGUUUAUUUAGCUUUGCCAACUAGGAAAGUGUCACCGCUAAUAACAGCCUAUGCCAAUUACUGUGGGCCCUUUCACAUGAUCCAAAUUUUCGAGUCGGACCAGUCUCAAUUACCUUAACCCGCGGAAAGGAGGGACUGCUCGCAGUCUACAAUUGCCUAUACUUAAAAACUUUAUUAAAACCCUUUGGGAAAAAUCAUAAAUUGGAUCAAACAAUGACAAUUCAACAUAGUCAAUAUUUUGGCUUUUAACACACUUUUUUAUUUUCUUCCACGAAACGUUUUCCUGACCGAGUUUAGAAAAAUUCUGUAGAGCAAAAAUAUUUAUUUCGUAGAGCCUUAUAAGUUUUGGCUCCUUAUAAGUCUUAUAAGCCUUAUAAGUCUUGGCGUCUUAUGAGCCUUACAAAAUUAAAUUUAUAAGCUAUUUUGCUGAAUACUUUCAUUGUCAUCAUUGCUUUUUCAGAGCCAAAUUGCUUUAUGGAAUUAGAAAAGGUCCCAUCAAUAUUAGUACACGGUGAGCCUGUCCCCCUUUCCAAUUAUGUUCCUAAUUGUGAUGCAAGAACUGGUUAUUUCCUAUCAAAACAGUGUCUGGUGGACAAGAAAGAAUGUUGGUGUGUCUCCAAGCUGGGAAAAGAGAUAAAAAAUACCAGAAGUACAGAGACUAUAUCAUGCCCAGGAUAAUUUCUUACUUUUAUGGUGAAUUUUAACAGUAAUUCAUAGAUCAAUUAUUUUUGACCACAGUGGUGUAAUUAAAGUUGAUCGAAAUACAGUAAAUCAUAUUUUCAUCUUCGAAAUAUGGAUCAAACGAGUGAACUCAUAUAUAUUUAUUAAGCUCCUUAUAACUUAUUUAUGCACGAUAAGUUAAGCGGUAGAGCUGGUGGGGUCGUGCAUUUAGCUAAUAAUUAAAAAUACAAGUGGUUAUUUUAUGUAGUAUAUGUUCAAUCUUAGUCUAUCUACUCUUCUAAAUUCGAAUGAAAUUAGUUUUUAAUGGUAUACUGUAUGCAUAACUUUUGUCUUUGUAUUUAAUUACAGCAACAAUGGGCC